GCGUUAUGUAGCACGCGAGGCACGCACCGCCCCGCGAGAUGACUUCAACUGCCCAGCGCGCGCUCCUCUCGCACUAUCACAGCGAGAGUUCGGGCGAGGCGUUGUCGAUCGGUACUCGAAGGCUUGUGUGCGCUAUUGCGUUCAGAUAAGGAAACCAUGUCGUACACGAAGUUUGCAGCGGGUCUUCUCCGGGCAAACCCGGGCAAUGUCAGCAAGAUACGCGCGUCAAGAUGUCGGUCAAGGGCGGCAUCCACCAAGAGCCAGGAGGAGAAAGAUCAACCGAUAGACGGCUGCGCAGUGGUGGAAGCGGUGCCGGUGGCGCUCAUCAGCCAGACCAAAAAGAUCCAGUUGAAUAAGAUCCACGUUGACUUCAACAACACGCAGGAAGCCUACAGAAGCAAGGGGAACAUGGAGCUGCUCCGAAGUAUGCUGGUCUUCAAGCUCUGUACGAUUGACAUCCUGGUUGAAAAGAACAAAGAGCUGAUGGCUCUGUGCAAGAAGGUGUUCGGUCAGUGGAUGUUUGAGAAGCUGAUGAAAAUGACUUUCUACGGUCAGUUCGUGGCAGGAGAAGAUCACAACUGCAUCAAGCCUCUCAUUAGGAAGAAUCAGGCCUUUGGCGUGGGGGCAGUUUUGGACUACAGUGUUGAAGAGGACUUGACACAAGAAGAGGCCGAGAAGAAAGAAAUGGAUGCAUGUGUUUCUGAAGCAGAGAAAGAAAGUCCAGCUGCUGAUCAUCGCGAGAAGAAGUACAAGGCCCAUCAUCAGUUCGGGGACAGGCGUGGAGGGGUCACCAGCGCUCGUACCUACUUCUACGCAGAUGAGUCCAAAUGUGACAACCAAAUGGAGACAUUCAUAAACUGCAUUCGAGCCUCUGGGGGAGCCUCAACAGAUGGAUUUUCUGCCAUCAAAUUGACUGCUCUCGGACGCCCUCGGUUCCUUCUCCAGUUUUCAGAAGUCCUGGUUAAAUGGAGACAGUUUUUUAACUUCCUCGCAGCGCAGCAGGGGAAAUCUGACGUGAUGGUUCUGGAACAAAAGCUGGAGCUGAAACAACUCCAGGAGAGCUUGACUGAGAUGAGUAUUGGAGCGAUGUACGACAAAGAGAAUUGGUUUACUGGAGAGAAGCUGGGUUUGUCAGGAACGAUCAAUCUGCUGGACUGGAACAGUUUAAUAAACGACACAACGAAAAUCUCCAAUCUGCUCAUGGUGCCGAACCUUCAGACAGGCCACCUGGAGCCUUUGUUGAACACGUUUACAGCCGAGGAGGGGAGGCAGAUGAAGAGGAUGCUACAAAGAGUGGACGUUCUGGCCAAGCACGCCAUGGAGAACGGGGUUAGGCUAAUGGUGGACGCCGAGCAGACGUACUUUCAACCGGCUAUUAGCCGACUGGCUCUGGAAAUGCAGAGGAAAUUCAACAGAGAAAAGCCAAUUGUUUUCAACACGUACCAGUGUUACCUCAAGGACGCCUACGACAAUUUAACUGUGGAUGUUGAGCUGUCACGGCGGGAGGGCUGGUACUUUGGUGCCAAACUGGUUCGUGGAGCCUACAUGUACCAAGAGAGGGACAGGGCCAAAGAGAUCGGCUACGAAGACCCAAUAAACCCGGACUAUGAGGCCACCAACAGGAUGUAUCACAAGUGUUUGGAGUACGUGCUGGAGGAGAUCGAACACAGCGGGAAAGCAAAUAUCAUGGUUGCAACUCACAACGAGGACACCGUGAAAAUCACCCUCGAAAAGUCAAGCAGGUUACCCCGUCUACAAGUACGUUCCAUAUGGCCCAGUCAACGAGGUCAUUCCUUAUUUGUCUCGCCGUGCUCAAGAGAACCGUGGCUUCAUGAAGGGAUCCCAGAGAGAGCGCAGCCUGCUGUGGACGGAGCUCAAACGCAGAGUGCUGUGCGGACAGGUUUUCUACAAGCCCGUCUACUGAGUCACAGGACCACAACAUUACUAACUGUAGUGGAUCUGUACGUAUUCCACCGGCUUUGCCUCCUUACUGUACAGUGUGUAGGGUAACAUUCAUGUCCCUCCUCGGCUUGUCGGGCUGGGAGGUGAGGAUUUAUGUUGGCCUCAAAAUAAGAAUUAGUUUAUUUAACUAAAAUAAUGGGAUCGUAAUCCUCAGAAUCAACUAAACACACUUUGCACUUUUUUCAAAAGAACUACAAAUGUUCUCUUAACAGCAAUCCUCUUUGAUAUACAGUACGCCGUUGUUCUGUAGAGCCUAAGAAAAGUAUAUUAUGAAUGUAUGUUUACCAAAGGUGACGUGCGUGUAUUUCAGAAGUCCUGAAAUAGGUCCCUUGUUUGUUGAUGGUAAAGGACCGCUCUUUGUAUGUUUUGUUUGGUGUUUAUCUCACAUGUAGCUGUCACCCAAAAGUGCCUUAUGAUUGUUUUCACAAGAUAAACAUGGAAGCAAUCAGCGACUGUACAACUAAGUUUUGUUUUUUGUAACUGUUCACUCCUCCGAGGGGAUCGUACCCUGUUUUAGCUUAUUUAUUGAUGAUGUCAAGUAAUAAUCAGUUCACUGGCUAAUUUAUUUGCAGCACAGUGAUUUUGAUAAACAGCACAAACAAGGUGAUCCUCUUUUUGAUCUCUCGUGACGAAUUGUAAACUGUCCAUGUUUAUGUGCUAAGGACAUGUGGAAACUAUACCUGUAGCGUGGAAGUGACUGUUUGCUGACCUUCAUUUUUGCCCUCUGACACAAAGUACUCCAGGAAUACCUGCACUGUUGUACAAACUGUUGGAGGACACGCUGCCUGUCAGUUCAAUUGAAUGAAAGUUCAAUUGAGUUGAAUGAAAGUCGUGGAUAAUGUCUUUUAAAUGGAAAUGUUUUUUAGCACUGGAAAUGAAAACUGGAAAAUGCCCUUUUUAAAAGUCCUAAAAUUGAAAACUAUUUUUAACAGUGUUGGUUUGUGUGGUCUAAGCUCUUUGUUCUAACAUGGAAAGUUUGAUUUUAGAAAACAGAAGGCUUAAAUUGGAGUGUCUCUCACCUUAUAUAUACUAUAUACACCUUGUAUAUUAUGAGGUUUGUUAGCACUGAUUAAUUUAAAUACAUUUCCUAAUGUUUUUCUUUGUGUUUGAUUUCCUCAUCACUACUGAUUAAGUAUAACACAGUAUAUUUUGUACAGUUGUAAAAUACAUGUAAUCAUUUAACACAAUCAAAUACAGUUAACAUUAAAAUAACUAUUGUUGCAGCUGUGGAUGUUGGAAGUGGACAUUUACUUAAUAUCUGAAGUUGUUGGGGAAGGAUCUUUGAAAACUCAAAAGUUACACCUCAUGACUGACAACGUUUUUAAACACUUAUAACAACAUUUAUAUUGUUGCCUAAAAGAUACACAAACUCCAGCUUGUGCCAUUGUUGGCCUUGUUUACUAUAGCACCCCAGAAUGGAUAGAUAGCGACCCUGAUGUUAUCUCGUAGUGACACAAAUCCUGUUGUCCUCGCUGACGUCAAUGACAACAACUACAACCAUUGCACACAGAAGCUCGUGGGCUCCCUUUGCCAAAUCGAUGUGACCUAAAAUAAGCGAUGAUUCAGCCAAAGUCCACAUCAGCUGAGGCAGCACCUGGGUCCAGGUAUCUGGAGACUAAAAAAGUGCUCUCUGUACAGCUAGAUGUUAUUAUUAUUUUAGUUAUGACAUCUUGAAUGUGUUCCAAGAUGUGCAGUACAUAAUGUAUGUAUUGCUGUGGCACUGUCAUCAUAUGUUAUACAUUUAAUACAUUCAAACUCCGUAUAUUGGUAUUUUAUUUCACGCACACACACUACAUGUUUUAGCUACAUAAUUGUAAAUACUGCAGUUUAUAAAUAUGUUGUUUCACAUGUAUGCAAUCACCCAGCCAUCUUACUGAGUACACAGAACAUUGUAACAAAAAUGACAUUUUUCAAUGGAUAGACCAGUGUUCUUAUCAAAAUUCUCAAAAACAAUGAAAAAAAAAGAUGUUCAUCAUUACGCCCUCCAUAUCUGCAUUCUUUGAUCUGCUGCUGGAGUUAAGACGGUCAAAUGCAGCAUGGAAAUAUCGUCGCAAUGGCAAAUAAACAUCAGUACAACUA